UUUGGAGUUUUGUGUCAAACCUUGUCAGUCUUUAAUAAUAUCAAAUAAUACGAGAGCAGAAUGCUGAGUUCCUUGAGUUUAACCAAGAACGGUGGUAAGCUGUUGCUCUGCCGGGCUCCAGCGAUCCCAUCCCAGUGGUCUCGUGACCAGAAGACCAUGCCGGUGUACGAUUACCGCUGUCAGAAUCCGCCGAAGUGGGGUUACUCCGCCUUUGGUCGGGACCAGAAGACCUGGGGCGAGUGGACCUGUGCCCGGUUGGAUGACCUCUUGAACUGGGGCCGCAAGGGUUCGCUGUGGCCCAUGACCUUUGGCCUGGCCUGCUGCGCCGUGGAAAUGAUGCACAUCGCAGCCCCUCGCUAUGAUAUGGAUCGCUUUGGAGUGGUCUUCCGGGCCUCUCCCCGCCAGUCGGACGUACUGAUUGUGGCCGGAACUUUGACCAACAAAAUGGCACCGGCUUUUCGGAAGGUUUAUGACCAGAUGCCCGAACCAAGAUGGGUCAUCUCCAUGGGAAGUUGUGCCAAUGGCGGUGGCUACUAUCACUAUUCAUACUCGGUGGUUCGCGGUUGCGAUCGGAUUGUUCCGGUGGAUAUAUACGUGCCCGGAUGUCCGCCCACCGCUGAGGCCUUGAUGUAUGGAAUCUUGCAGCUGCAGAAGAAGGUCAAGCGCAUGAGGACCCUGCAGAUGUGGUACCGGAAGUGAGGAACUAGUUUGUAAAGAGUUAAGUAAAUAAAAUGCUAAGGAGCUACACUACCAAUAUA